AUAUUUAUUUUCACAUGUUCGCGCGUAAACGCUUCAAACUUAAUUAAAGUGCAGCGGUUGCAAUAAAUAAUUCGGUGUCAUAACUUUAUUUUUGCGUUCAUAUUUGCUUACCACAGCACUUUAUAAAAAAAGCAAUUAAACGUGCCAAAUAAAAUCAAAGUCAUGGCCACUUUAAUUGAGCAAAUGCUAACUAAGAUGGGGUUACGGGACGAGCCCAGUAUGCAAAGCAAGACGUUAGAAUUGUUGCGUAUUCUUGAGUUACGUUCCGCUAAUGCGCCACUACAGCUAAAUGAAUAUGCAAAGACAGUGCUCUGCGCGGAUAUUGCGACCACAGUAUUGGGCAUAGCUUGUGAUGUGGAACAAAAUGUUAAGUUAUCCACUUUGCGCAAAUCACAUUACAACAAACACAAACGUAUGAUUGAAAAAAUCCUAGAUGUAAAUAAAAUCGUCGGUGUGAAUGACAUAUGUGUGCAAUUAAAUAUGACUGAGGUUUCACAAAAGGCUGUAGAACUAUUAGAAUUGUACAAGACUAUUAUAGCAAAAGAAAGCGCCAAUGAUGAAAAUGAUCUAAUCCAUCCUCAAUAUGCAGCAAUGGCCGUUUUCCAGGCUGCCAAAAUAUUAAAACAAAAAUCGUCAAAAGCGAAAAUAAUGAGUUUUAGCAAUUUGCGACCAACUCAAUGGCAACAUCUUGAACUGCGAUGGAAUAAAUUUUUAACGAAAUAUUAUAAAGAAACAUCUGAUAAAAGACAAAGGCUUCGUGUUGGAGAAUCUAAUGAAGGAACUGAGAUUUUAAAAUCGCAAAGUUGUGUAGAAAAUAAAAAACGUUUAGCAUCUUCUGUAGAGGAUUACGAACAAUGGAAAAAGCGAAUUUUGGAGAAGGCAGAGGAGCAGUUAAGGCAUCAACUAAAUGAACAAGAAGAUAAACUUGAAAUUGAUAAAGAAAACCUAAUUUUAGGAAUGUAAAAAAUAAAUAAAGCGUAUGUUGACCUGGUUUCAUAGUAGGAGGUAUAUUUAAGAUCUAUUACAUAAAGGGUAUUUAGUGAAAAAUUAAAAUAAAUGUAUAUUUUUUUAAGAAAAUUUUGAGUAUAUAUUUACUAAUUACUAACUGCUUGAAUAUAUUUGUACGUUUUAAAUAUAGUUUUCCAAUUAUUAAAUAAAUAUAAGUAAAAAACUA